GAGCUAUUUAUUCACAAGACCUCAUGAGUCACAGUCUAAACAUUCUGCAAUCCCUCCCCUGGCAAGUCCGACCCUGCCCGGGUCUCCAGGGAGAUGCUUCCCACCCAACGCCACUUCAGCCCAACAGCCUCCUGGCUCUGGGCUGGCGGAUCCGGGCUGCACAAGUGGUCAUGUUAUUAACGACCAUGAGUCACUGCGCAGGGCAUUCAUAUGGAGUGGUGUGUGAAAAGGAGGGAAGGCUGGGGCCCACGGAGUGCAGACAGAAAGCAGGCCACCGCUGCCUGGCUGUGCACCUUCCGAAAUGCAGCCCCCUCUCAGCAUGACAAGGGUCUGACUCUGCUCCUUCUGGUGACCCCCUGCCUGAAUACCCACUUGCUUGGCAGGGAUCAGGGCUCUGAGAAUAGAACCCUCUAUACCCAGCUGGCUUUGCCCGGUGCUGAGGAGGAGAUGGAAGACUGCAUAAUCUCCUUGCAGGAGACUGGUUUAUUUUCGGUGCUAAAGAUGUCAGCGCGGUUGAUCUCCACCCAGCCCUGUAAAGAAUGCACUGUCAUUGUGCCCACUUCACAGAUGAGGCGGGUGAGAUGGGAGAGGACAAGCAACUUGUCCCGGACUACACGCAUAAGCGAGAAACCCAAGCCACACCAGGGCAGUGGCCCGGCCAGGGUCUCCCAGGCGGCUGGAGCUGGCGCUUCGGUGACGCGCUCAGCGGCCCAGCCUCACAGCCCGGCCAGCACUGCGGUGACAGCAUCUCCUCCCUCCGCUCCCCGCCUCCAGGACCCUCACGCCUGGGUCUCAGGUCUCGCUGGGGGCCAGCUGCCCCCACCCCCGCGUGCCCACCACGCUCAGCUUACCUCCCAGCGCCCGCCGCCCCUGGCCCUGGCUAGGAAACGCGCAGAUGCGCGUGGGGCACGGCAGCCUCUCUGGACCCACAGGAAGAGUAACUGUGCUCUCAGCCCACAACCGCCCUUCCCUGUGGCCUUCUCCUCUUCUUGUUGUCCAAGCCUAAGGAAAGAUGACAGCCAGGUGCUGGUGGUGCACCCCUGUGAUCCCAGCACUCGGGAGGCUGAGGCAGGAGGAUCGCCAUGAGUUCAAGGCCAACCUGGGCUACACAGUGAGACUCUGCUCACAAAAAAAAAGAGAAGGGAAAGGGGAAGGAAGGUUGACAGAACAAAGAUGAAGGACGAGGCAAAGAUGAAGGACGAGGGGCGGUUGGGAGGUAAAGGAGACUGAGGACCCAGAUCCCUCCUCCUUCUCCAGCCAAGGUCACCCUCAGUGCUUGCCGCUCUGGAGCCCAGCAGCAGCCGCCGCCGCAGCCGGGACUCAGGACUCAGCAGCGCAGAGGAAGCUGGCGGGCUGUGAUUGUUCCCGAGCCGCGGGACAGGGCUGCUCCGGGCACUUCAGGAAGUACUUGCUCCAAGAGGCCCUUCCGGCCAUUGUUGUCCAGGCCGAGGACGCUGGGCUGGCACGGGGACAGCUGCCCUCUACGGCCAACAGUGUGUCCAGGGCACCGGGGCAGGAAAGGGGUGGGGGCUGGCGGUGGCCCGAGCGCAGGGUCCCGGAGCCAGGGAGGAAUCGCAGCAGGGCAGCCUCCUCGAAGUGGCUGUCUGUCCUCUCCGGCCUCAAAACCGCACGGACCCAGGACAAGCUCAGUGCUGCUGGUGACACCCAGCUGGCCGCCGAGACCUGCCCCUGCCGGGAAAGGAGCGGGCUCGGGAGCCCCGGCCCUUCUGCGGCUCCUCUUCCUCCUCCCAGACGCUGGCAGCUGCGGCGGAGCUGAGGAGGGGGAUUGGCGAUGCUCAGGUGCAGGAUGCCGGUGGAGCCGCUCCUCCCCCACUCCCCCCGCAGCUGGAGGGGCGUCACUGCCAGCACAGUGCUCGGGGCGACCGAGAAGGCCUCUGUCUGCUGCGGAGGAAAAACAGUAACGCACUUAGCAGCUUUCAAGGCCACCGGCCUCCUUGGGGCAGGGCCAGGCUUCCGGGGCAGGGCCAGGCUUCCGGGGCAGCGCCACGAGUCCCUGCCAAGAUGGGAAGCUGCUGGGUGUGGUGGUGCACACCUGUCCUCCCAGCACUCUGGGAGGCUGAGGCGGGAGGGUCACCGAGGGUUCCAGGCCCAGCCUGAGCUCCACAGGGAGACCCUGUCUCCAAAAAGCAAGCAAACAAAAUCAGAAAGACAGGAGAGAACGGUGGGGCGUCGGGCGGCCUGCAGUGUGCACAGCAGCUGCGUCCGUCCAGGGCCCUGGACCCUCCUCUGCAGAAGGAGGUGAAAUCCGUCUGGCUUCGGAGGGGCUCUCCAGACCCUGCCGGCCUCCACCUCGUCCGGAGCCCUCCCGACCCGAACGCCGCACAGUGGACUUCCUGCCAUGGCGACCCACACCGGUGCCCCACUCUCCGCCAGGCCCUGCCCGGCAGCCCGCCCACGCUACCUCACUUACCCCUCGAGGAUCCCUGAGAGAGAGGCAGCACUGUCCCUCCGCCGCCGGCCGCUCACCCCACCUGGAAGGGUCGUGGGGUGCACCCACCCUCGGCCGGCCCCAGCACGAGCUCUCAUCCCCGUAGCCGGCCGGUGUCAGCCGCGCUGUGUCCUCGUCCGGUCACCCAUCCCGGCGCGACCUCGACAGGGCGGGGAGGAGGCACGGCCGCCGCAGCCCCUGCCGGUGCCUUCUGUCGGCUUCCUGGGGACACGGACCGGAACCAGCGUGGAAGUGAAGACCUCGGACCACGAGCUUACAUCCUGCCCGGCGUCCCUUACGUGAGAAACCCACGGCACAGAAAAAGCGCAAUGCAAAACACAGACGGCAGGAGGGUACGGGAGAUCUGCAGAACCGGCGGGGACGCAACGGCUGGAGCGGGUGGGAGAAAUGCAAGACAACUGCGCGUGCGCUGUCCCGCGCCGAGGCCCCUCGAAAUGAACAAAAAGGAAGGGAGGAAGGGGUCCCGUUCUCCGUGCAGUCAGAGCCCCAAGGCUGCGCCGAGGGUGCAGCCCCGAGCGCCUCCCUGGGAGAUAGAAGCCACCCCGCGCCCUGCCGAGCAGGCGGAGGAGAGCCACGCAGACGCAGACGCAGGGAGCGGCCAGGGCACCACGGCCCUGAGUCCCUCUCCCCGGGACCGGGGGCAGCCCUGCGCCCCGCCCUGCUGGGAGCAACAGACCUGCAGCGCCAGCUCUCGGGAAAAGAGGGGUUCCGGCCAGGCCGUGGGCACGGCUGGGGACGGAAGUCCUGACCCCGAGGCGGACACCCCAGCCGCCUGCACGCAGUCCCGAUGGCGUCCUCUGCAGCAGCCUUGGGCCGGGAGGAGCUGAGCAGAGCCGGAAGCUCGGUGAAGACGCCUUUCCGAGGCCGCGCAGCCUCAGCGCCUCGCUGCCCGCUGUGCCGGAAACCAGCUCCCGCCGCGGCGUGGGGCCGGCUGCACCAGCCCGCAAACGCGCUGGCUUUGGAAGGCGAAGCGGGCCGGGCCCCGUCGCACGCUCAGAGCGCUCGCAGGCGUGUCCUCCGUCCUGCGUCUCGCACUUUCCCCUGCGCUGUCCCUUGGUCCCCAUGUGCUGUCCUUGUCCCCCGGCGUCCCUUCAAUUCUGUGCCCUGUGGGGGGCAGCGCUGAUUUCAGACACUCACCUCUCAUACCACAGUGACAAGCAUCGGUGCCCGCAUCACUCACCAGGGCCACCCCGACUCUGCGCCCAAACCCCACGGCGCCCGGUCCCACACCCGGUGCCAGAGCUCCUCUGCCGCGUCCUCCCUCCCGGCCACGCCUGGGGCUCAGCGUGGAGGCCCCAGCGGUGAGCAGCUUCGUGGGAGACGCCAGCCCUCUCACCGUGCCCUGUCCACAGAGGCAACCGCUGUCCUCAGAUGAGUGUUUCGCCCUCUCUCCAGCAGGGUCCUGUCUGCUUCUGCAGCCCCACCCCGCCCUAGAAGCCCUAGAACCCGGCAUUGGCUCCCGCAAAAUGACAUCUUCUAGCCAAAGGGAGGAAGAUUUCAGGCUCCAAAGGGAAGCGAUACCACUUUGAAUGGUCGCUCCCUGAGAUUUCAGGAAAAUCACUCCUUUCCAAUCUUUAGCUCACCUCCCCGGGGCGCCGUGACCACUCGGCACCACUGUCCUCUCUGUCCAGGCCAGGGAAAAUGUGCACAUCGUCUACAUUCCAAAGAGGAGGCAGAAUUUUUGCAAACUCUGCCUGGACCAAGCAAAGCAGAGGCAAGAAUAAUAAAAUUUAGAGAGGAAAAA